GGUCGAUUAUCCCUUAGCUUCGGGUUGCAUAGAUCCUACUUGGUUCCGCCUUCUUUUGCUAGACAGACGUCAUAACCACAGUGUCGUAUUGAACCAACGGCACCCAACACUUCGGGAACUGAACUCACAUUAUUCGCAAGCCAAGAUCGAAUCGGUGCACUUCCAGACAUGGGUUCAAUUACCAACGGCACAAGCAAAAUGACCGCGGUCCAGAAGUUAAGGGCUAUGCUGGCAGACCCAGAGAAGUUCAUUGCAUGUCCCGGAGUAUAUGAUGGUUUCACGGCGCGCAUCGCGCUGCAAGAAGGCGUUGACUGCCUGUACAUGACAGGCGCAGGUACCACGAUGAGCAUGCUGGGCAUGGCAGACAUGGGUAUUGCGACCAUGAAUGACAUGAAGGCCAACGCCGAGAUGAUUGCCAAUCUCGAUCCCAGCGUACCUCUGAUUGCAGAUGCAGAUACCGGAUACGGAGGCCCCGUCAUGGCUGGUCGCACAGUUGCGCAAUACAUCCGUGCAGGUGUAGCUGGCCUGCAUCUCGAGGACCAGGUUAUCAGCAAGCGCUGUGGUCAUUUGAAAGGCAAGCAACUAGUGGAAAUUUCUGAGUACGCAUCAAGAAUCAAGGCCGCUGCCUUGGCUCGGGAAAAGCACGGCGAUAUUGUCAUUAUCGCACGGACCGACUCUCUUCAAGGGUUCGGCUACGAUGAAGCUAUCAAACGUCUCCGGGCCGCCAUUGCUGAGGGUGCGGACGCAUGCUUCCUCGAAGGAGUUACGACACGCGAUGACGCUGAGCGAGCAUGCAAAGACCUUGCGCCAACACCCUGUCUGUUCAACAAUGUCCCCGGUGGCGUUUCGCCUGAUUUUGGAGUCCAAGAAUGUAAAGAGAUUGGAUACAAGCUUGCCAUCUUCCCAUGUCUGGCAAUGGAAAUGGUGUACCCUGCUGUCAGGAAAGCAGUACAGCAGCUGAAGACACUCGGCAAUGUAAAGCCUGCGGAAGAGAACGGGAGGAGAUAUGGACCCAAAGAGCUUUUCCAGGUCUGCGGACUAGACGAUUUGUUGGCGUUUGACGAGGCAACAGGCGGUACUUCCUAUGCCAAGAUCCAGGAGAAGAGCAUGAAGGAAUGAAAGAAAGAAAGAAAAAAAGAUAGCAUUGUUCCCUUUGAUGUAUUAUAGCGGGCGUUUGUUUGUUCUUGAUACCAAAACGCUUGUUCAAGAAUUAUUUUCGUUCUUUUAUCUUCACAAUGUCCAAUUUCAUUCAAGUUGCACAACGAGUUUAUUACUCAAAGACUUAACACACUUUACGCAGUUGUCGAGCUCCAUAUAAGGAUUCAGGUCGAAUGCUGUAGCUGUUCUGCAUUUACAUCAUGGGCUUGCGUGUAGCUAUAAAAUAAAAUAGUUACAUUUUG